AUGGAUUCGCGGUUGCAGAAGUUCCGCGCCGAUUAUGCCCAGCAGGGCGAAGACUGGCUCCGCACCGAGCUGGACAAGCAAAACCGGCAGGACCUGCGUGGGCUCUGUGUCGCUGCGGGUGUGCAACAGAAGUCUGCCGGGCACACGCUUACCAGAGCGGAGCUGUUGGAAGCUCUAUCAGAGAGCAUUGCCGGGGAGCAGGCCGAUGAACCUGCGUCGCAGCGAAAGCUGCAGGAGCUGCGCGCGGGUUAUGCCGAGCAGGGCGAAGCCUGGCUCCGCGGCGAGUUGGGGAAGCACGGCAAGGAUGAGCUGGCCGAUGAAGCGGCGUCGCAGCAAAGGCUGCAGGAGCUGCGCACGGGUUAUGCCGAGCAGGGCGAAGCCUGGCUCCGCGGCGAGUUGGGGAAGCACGGCAAGGAUGAGCUGGUUGGGCUCUGUGUCGCUGCGGGGAUCGCGUGGAGCGAAUUGUCGUGA